AUGGCCACUAACCAAUUCUCUUUUGCAACACUUGUUCUCUUCAUUUUAAUGAUCAACCUACACUUAGAAGGCACCAUCGCCAACAAUGCAGGUUGGCAGAGCGCUCAUGCCACCUUUUAUGGCGGCCUCGAUGCUUCCGGGACAAUGGGAGGAGCUUGUGGGUAUGGAAAUUUGUACCAUCAAGGGUAUGGAACAAGCACUACAGCACUAAGCACAGCUUUGUUCAACAAUGGGUUCAGCUGCGGGGCUUGCUACGAGAUACAAUGCAACAACGACCCCAAAUGGUGCCUCCCUGCCACCAUCACCGUCACCGCUACAAACUUUUGCCCACCUAACUAUGCUCUGCCUAACGACAAUGGUGGUUGGUGCAACCCUCCCCUCCAACACUUCGACUUGUCCGAGCCUGCUUUCUUGAAAAUUGCUCAAUAUCGUGCUGGAAUCGUGCCCGUUGUCUUCCGAAGGGUGCCUUGUAUCAAGAAAGGAGGAAUUAGGUUCACCAUGAAUGGCCACUCCUACUUUAACUUGGUUUUGAUCACCAAUGUCGCGGGUGUAGGGGAUGUCCAUGCAGUGUCAAUCAAGGGAUCCAAGACAGGGUGGCAAGCGAUGUCAAGAAACUGGGGCCAAAACUGGCAGAGCAACUCUUAUCUCAAUGGCCAAAGUUUGUCUUUUCAAGUGACUACCAGUGACGGUAGAACUGUGACAAGUUACAACGUGGUACCUGCUAAUUGGCAAUUCGGCCAAAGUUUUCAAGGGGGUCAAUUCUAG